CUCAACCUCUGGACACGUCCUCCUCCACAACAUCCUCAACAUCAUGCUCUGUCUCCGGUGCAGGGCCCUGCCCUCCGCCUUUAAGGCUCCUGCUGCGCCAAUUGCUCGAUUCCAAAUCCCCCGAGCAAUCCAACCCACCCCCCUCCGCACCCUCUCAACAAUCCACACGCCCCAACAAUCCGUCCUCUCCGCCAUCCGCCGCCCCUCCGCUUUCACCUCUCCCUCUCCCUCUUCAUCUCUUUCCCCGAGUCUUCCUCUCUCGCCUAGCCUCGCCCUCCAAACCCGGUCCUUCUCAGCGAGUACCUCCCUGGCCGGCAAGCGCGCAACGUACAACCCGUCGCGACGGGUGCAGAAACGCCGUCAUGGGUUCUUGGCGCGCCUGCGCUCUCGUGGGGGGAGAUUGAUUAUCCAGCGGAGGAGGGCUAAGGGGAGGAAGAGUUUGAGUUGGUGAUUUCUUUCAUUUUUUUUUGGCUCUUCCUUUUAUGUGGGGGUGGGGAGGGUGAUUGCUUCUUAGAUCUUGUCUUGUCUUGAUAUGGUCAAGGGGAAGGGGAAGGGAAGGGAAGGACUGGGGAUGAUGAUCGCCUGAUCGCUACAGGCUUUCUUUACUGUCCUGGGUUGUGUUUUUAUAGAUGUGUUUUUUCCCCUUUUUCUUAUUCUCUCGAUUAUGUGCCGAGGCAUACUGCUGAGUGCGUGCUCGAGAUACGUCCUGCCUCCGGCUCAACUCCGUGUACCAUACAUACAUAUGUACCUGUUUCUGC